AUGACGCUCGAGGAGGGUCAAGCCGAGAAGGAAGCGGCCCCGCCCAAGAAGACCCGGGCGAAGCGGAAGCCGGCUGCUGCCGACGACGGGGGCAGUCCAUCCGAAGAGGCACCCGUCGUCAAGCGGCCGCGAGGAAGGACUGCCAAGGACCCGUCCAAACCAACGACGGGGUCCCGGUCUGUGAAACCAGGAACGCCGAAAGCCAACGCGACCACGGCUUCAGCCAAGGUGAGGAAGGCCUCCGAUGAAGCGGCACGCGACGCCGACGUGAACGUCCCGUCCACCAGCAAGGGACUUUCACAAAAGGCGCCGAAAGUGAGCCGCAAGAGGCACCCACGGAGCUCCUCCCCCACAGAUGCCUCCUCGGUCGCUGCCAGGGCUACCAAGCGACGGCACCGCUCGCGUAGUCACUCCCACGCCAGCAGCAGCCACCACCAUGCCAGGAGGGGAAGGAGCCGUGGCGGAUCUCGACACUCGUCCCGCCGCGGCCGAGGUGGCCGCAAGCACAGAGGCAGUCGCCGAGGGACGUCCCGCACCAGCUCGGAGAGCACCCACGGGAGAAAGCGGGGACGCAGCAGCCGACGCCACCGCUCCCUGAGCACCUCGUCUGCAGCGAGCACGGCAACCAAGACUGGCGGGAAACGGCGCCGCCACGCCCGUAGCAACCACUCGUCGUCGAGCCGUGGAGGCAGGCGUGCCAGGUCCAAGAUGGCGGCAAGCAGAUCUUCCUCGAGAUCACGGCGGGCCAAGCGGACGAGUGCUGCCAAGGCCGCGAAAAGUGGCAGACGCAAGUGA